CUACUCGGACUCGACUCCUCUCCUCCUCCGUUGUCUCAUCUAUAAAUUCUGGCAAGAGAAGGCAGGCGGAAGGAAGCAAAAGGCACAAGAUUCAGAGAAGAGAAAGUGCAGAGCGAGCAGAGGGGUUGCGUCCGACUCGACAUCUCCUCUCGUCGUCUUCCGCUUCGCGCUCUCUUACUCUUCCUCGGCGUCUGUCUACCCAGGAUACAGAUUCAGAUUGGAUUACUGCAGCGCGGUAAUUUUGGUUCAGCCUGAGUGUCCUGUUCUUGAGGGAAGGCUCGGGAUGGGGCAGGACGGCCAGCAGAUCCUCCGCGAUAAGGUCAUCAUCGACACGGAUCCCGGCAUCGAUGAUAGUAUGACAAUCCUAAUGGCGUUUGGAGAACCAAGUGUUGAAAUCAUCGGGAUGACGACUAUAUUUGGAAAUGUCAGCACGAAGGGUGCAACUCGCAACGCACUAUUACUGUGUGAGAGAGCAGGACAUCCUGAAAUUCCAGUAGCGGAGGGCAGCCUGGAGCCCCUCAAGGGAGGAAAACCCUGUGUUGCUGACUUUGUUCAUGGGUCUGAUGGCAUUGGGAAUCUGUUUCUUCCGGCACCCACUACUAAGAUGGUUAAGGAAAGUGCCGCUGAGUUCCUGGUUAAUAAGGUAUCUCAGUUUCCUGGGGAGGUCUCUGUACUUGCGUUGGGGCCCCUGACAAAUGUCGCAUUGGCCAUCAAAAGGGACUCUUCCUUUGCAAGCAAAGUGAAGAAAAUAGUUGUGCUGGGUGGAGCUUUCUUUGCGGCUGGAAAUGUCAACCCUGCAGCUGAAGCAAAUAUUCAUGGAGAUCCAGAAGCAGCUGACAUAGUGUUUACCUCAGGAGCAGAUAUUGUUGUGGUUGGCAUCAACAUAACAACUCAAGUCUGCUUUACAGACGAAGACCUUUUGGAGCUACAAAACUCAAAAUGGAAGCAUGCACAAUUCUUAUCUGACAUGUGCAAGUUCUACAGGGAUUGGCAUGCCAAGUCUGAUGGCUUCCAUGGAAUUUUCCUUCACGAUCCUGUGAGCUUCACUGCCUUAGUUCAUCCCGAGUACUUCACAUUCAAGAAGGGUGUGGUGAGAGUCGAGACCCAGGGCAUUUGCAGUGGCCACACAUUGAUGGAUCAGGGAUUGAAAAGGUGGAAUUCAGAGAAUCCAUGGUCAGGCUACAAACCGAUUUCAGUUGCAUGGACGGUUGAUGUGCCAAAGGUUAUUGGAUUCAUAAAGAAGCUGCUCAUGGUACCAUGAGAAAUAUUGCAACCAUUUAACGAUGUCUGUGUUUUCUGAUGCGCAAGCAAAUUCGACUACAGAGCCUCUAUUCCAGCUGCCUUGUAACUAGUUUCUGGACCCAGGAAGCUUUCUGUUCCUCCCAAUAAUAAGAGGGUUACUUUGGUUGUUUGAGUUGAGGUCUUAGUGGUUCAGAUCAACCCAAAUAUUAUAUGAUAGAAUACAUGAAUGUAUGAAUUGGUAUGAACCAUUAGCCAUCAAAUCCGACAGUCAAAAUAAAAACUUCUCUGGACUGGGAAUCAUAGGAAGCUUCCUAGUGAAAGGUUCUGCAGCAUCUUACCCUACAUCUCAAAAGCAAUGCAGUAAAUUCUGCAGAUGACAUCAUUGUUCCAAAUUGUUUCACACAUUUGUAUCAAUACAUUCAAAUCUGAAAUGAAGUUUCCCAUACGCCUCUUA